GCUUUGCCUUAUUUUGACCGUCUGGACUAUGUCUCCAUGAUGUGCAAUGAACAAGCUUAUUCCUUGGCCGUGGAGAAGCUGCUCAACAUCCGCCCACCUCCGCGGGCUCAGUGGAUCCGAGUUCUCUUCGCAGAGAUAACCCGGCUGCUCAACCACAUCAUGGCUGUGACCACGCACGCCUUGGACAUCGGGGCCAUGACCCCCUUUUUCUGGAUGUUUGAGGAGAGGGAGAAGAUGUUUGAGUUCUACGAGCGGGUAUCGGGGGCGCGGAUGCACGCUGCUUACAUCCGUCCUGGUGGGGUGCACCAGGACCUGCCCCUGGGGCUGAUGGAUGAUAUCUACGAGUUCGUGAAGAACUUCUCCCUGCGGAUAGAUGAGGUGGAGGAG